CUUCCCUCCGCCAGCGAAGCGACCCUCGCGUUGCUGUUUCUGCUCGAGGGGCAAGGUCGCCCAGACUGCUGCCAGCGCCGCGCCGGUUCCACCCUCUGGUGCCCCCCCAUCCAGCCCUCGGCCCGUCUCCCAAACUUGUGAUUGUUGAAUUUGUCUUUCAUGACUCAAGCGUGUCUGGGCUGGAAGCACGCCGCACUUCUCUUCUUGUCCUGCCCCCGCAUGGGAGCCACCUGCGCCGCGCCCUCGGGUUGCGCUCAGGCCUCCAACUGCAGGCAGGCGCCGGGCUGCGGCAGGGCGCCGUGCGGCGACCGCGAGGACGACAGCGGCGACAUCUUCGCCCCCAGGCCGCGCCACCGCGACCUCUACGGGCUCGAUCCGGCGGACCUGGUGGCCCACGGAGGCUUCGACGAGGUCACGCCGAGGCACGACGACGCCCGCGGCUCCGCCUCCCCGCCGGGCGGCCAGUCGCCGCCCGAGGCGCCGUGCUGGGCCGCCUACCGCCCGCGGCGCGAGGAGGAACCCGCGCAGGAUGCCGACGGCGCCGCGGGGCAUGCAGCCGAGGCGACCGCGGCUCGGAGCGCGCCGCCGCCGCAGGACACUCGGCACCACAGCGGGGCCGCCCUCGCGGCCUGCGCCCCCGGGGCGGGGGGGCUGCCGCCCGACCCCGAGGAGGCCGGCGGCGCGGGCGCUGGGCAGCGCCCCCGCUUCCACUGCCGCCGCUGGAGCUGUCGGCAUCGGCGCUGGAGCCCCCGCACGGCGGCGGCGGUGCUCUUCUAGGUGCCAGCAUUGCGCGUCCGCCCUCGCGGGAGCGGGCGGUCGCGCCGCCAGACCCCGCCCUGGAGCACGUGCGCGGCCUGAAGUUGCUGCACAUCUCCAACUGGGACAUACGCCCGCCGCCGGAGACGGUGGACAGGUCGGGGCUGACGCCGCUGCCCGGUUGGGAGGGCAAGGUGGGCCAGUCGCGCAGCAGGGCGGCCGAGGCGAGCCCAGCCCUCGGGCCCGCCGCCGCCCUGGCCGGGGUGGCCUCCGCCGUCCUGGCGGACUCGGUCGCGCCUUCGGCACCUGCAGGGGGGGGGGGCGCGGCUGCGCCCGCCGCGGAGGAGGCUCGGAGGGUCGUCAAGAGAGUCAGAGUCAGGAGGGGGAAAACACACAGACACACUUCAUCGUCGA